GAUCAAGGAUCCUAUCUCGCAGCACCAUUGGUCCAGAGGCCUAUGCAAGAGCAUCGCUCUGCAUCAUAGGUAGUCCGUGUGGAUUAGACUGGUUCACUUGGACUUCUCUACGACAUCUGGAGAUACGCGGAAUCAGUAUAAUUUCAGAUCUAUAAAUGGACACCACAAGUAGAUAAGGAGGUAGCAAAAAGUUUUUCUACUUGGAUUCGAAAGCAACAUCUAUCCGGAUGCUCUACAAUGGAUGUGAUCAAUAUUUUAACGGCAAUUGCUUCCAAUUUCCUCUGCUGCAUUAUACAACCGCCCGAAGCAAACGAAUCCUUCGCGCCUUGCUCACCAUCGCCCGUAUACAAUAGAUCACAGCCGCGCGUGAUAUCAGUGCAGGAAUUAGAAGAUAUGCGAAAUGUUGUUCUUCCAAUCGAUGAGACGCGGACUAUGAUGCUUUUUUCUCGGGAAGCCAGAGACUUGGACAGAGAAAUCCUUGUUAGACAUACUUGCUUGUAUUUUGAGCACUACAUGGUUCCUAAGGUGGAGUUAAAACAAUCGGAAUGGGGAAGGCACAUCUUGGAGGACUGGGAAGAGAAGAAGAAACGCCUAUGUCUCGACAAGAACGUGGACGGCCACGCUUGGGGUCAAUUCCCAGACAGGGCUAGGAAGUGGAUACUCGCUGCAUGCGCAGGAUGAUACAUUAGCUUCUCUUUCUAGGUUUAUUUUGAUGGUCAGAAUGCAUAUGGAAA